AUGUUUGACUUCAAGACCUUACUCCUUCUCCCCAUCUUUCUUGGUGCCGUUGUUGCUGGGCCUGACAAUAGGCUCCCAAGUUGUGAUGGCACGUCUCAAGCCUACAAUGGACGGUACGCCGACAACUCGGGCACCUACGUGACUUCAGACAAGAUCACCUAUCCGUACAAGUUCCCCUUGAUCCGCAAAUGUUGGUGGGACUAUUAUGUCGUCGAAUCCGCCCCCGAACUCACCCCGUGGCAGAAGGCUACAGGCAACAUCUACUGUACUAACAGUGAGCGUUGUAUCGCGACCAAGAUGUCCGGAAGAUCAGUCUGCCAAGAACGAUCUGAAAGUGUUAGUGUUAGUGCUAGUGUUGGAGCCGCUAUUGAAGGUUUCAGCCUUGGGGUGGAUUUCACAGUGACAAAGUCGGAAUCGCGCUGCGUUACAGCUGAUGACUCUACUGCUUGUUCGUGGAAUGACGGGCAGUGCCAUAUAAUUUGGACACAGCAGCAGAUUUUGAGACAGAAGGGCUACCGGCGUCAACGUUGCGAUUGGGGUAAUGGGGACGAGACUCAGUGCAUGGGUGAUUGGGAGCAGACUACACCUUCGGACUUGAUUAACUAUGGCUGUGGCUCUAAGUGCACUGAUACCAAUGACUGUGGUCAUACUGACGGAACCCCGUGUCCUUGGGAUAAGAUUGGUACUCGGGGAUGA